AACACCGCGUCAAUUUUCGGGGCUCCAUAUGGAUCGAGAGCCACCAUUUCAUUGUUCAUUUUGCUCUAAUGCACAUCAUUGUGGCCAUUACAGUGAAAGGAGACAGAAGGUGUCGGCAGACCGAUAAUUACCGCUCGCCAGCUGUAUGGCUAACGGUAGCAUCAGUGACGCUCACCCACGCCGCUGAUCCACCUCGUCCCUUCAUCGUGGCCAGCGCGCGCACGGCACCAGGAGACUGUUCCAUCGGACCCAUGUAGACAGGUGUUAAAACACGUUAGGUGUUAAAUCAAGUUUGUUUAUGUCACAUGUUCUUUCAAUGGAGCUGGGGACUACCUACCUGUUAAAUGACACAGUGAAGACAAUGUAGUACCACCACUCGGCGUCGUGUCACCUGUCACCAUAGCAACCUGACUCGGGCCUCUAAUUAUAUACCUGUUAUAUGUGUUACCAUGGUGAUGUCCACUACUGUAGACUUCUGCUCUGUACUUCUACUAACAAUGAUAACAGAGUUUAAGAAGCGAGGGAGUGUUUACCAUCCGUGAUCUCUCGCCCAGAGUGGUAGUCUCCUCGCCGUGCAGAUCGGCAGCGCUGUGGCCCCUUGGACAUCUCUCGCCCAUUAGACCAUGGGAACAUGACGCUGUAGGAAGUCCUAUGUGUUCCAGGAGAAGCCAGAUAACAUGAACUACAGCAACGUCUUAAAGAAACGUUCGUAUUACGUGGACCAGUAGUGAUUCAUAAGCACAUAGCACAGUGUGGAGUGAUUUCUCAGCCGUACUACCAUGGGGAGCGCUGCCAGCAACAUCACCCCGCCUCCGUCCCCAACUAGCCGUGAUCACAUCCCUCAGCAAGCCUACGGCGAUAUCGGGAAUGGACAAGACCAUGUGAUGAAGUCACGUGACCAGGUUGCCCCGAUUGUCAUCAAGGACUGCCGUGAGGAGUUCCAGCGGUUGUCAAAGUUCAAGGACCCGAUUGUGAAGGGGAGGAUGGCUGAGGGCCUGCCGCUGCACCCGCUCAUCAAGGGCAAGUACUUCCUGGUCGUCGAUGGUAUCACUGGAGGGAACGCUGAUGCAGACAACAAAUAUCUGCACGCUUCUCCGUCGACCAAGUCAGCGUCUGGUGGCAACGCCCCAGACAAGUGUCGUGGCUUCAUACAGGCAGACAAUACCUUGCCUGUGUUCGGGUGUGCUCAGCCAGAUCGGGAUGGUGUACACAGUAUCGUUAAAUACCUUCUCGCCAAACAUCAGAGACUCAUACUUUUCAACACGCGGGAGGAGGCUGUGCUAUUCCCCACCGGCGUGAACGCUACAUACACCAUCAGACACGCUGAUCACCUGCACGACAUUGUCAACCUCGGGCAAUCGGAUCCUGAGACCAGCGAGAGAGAGGCGCGCAUCAGGAAGGAGGUUGUGGACCUCAGUAGUCUUGAUGACGUCAACAAGUUCCACUUCUACAACAACGUCACGUGCCUGGAUGGGGAGCCCCACGUGGUGGACAUCAACUGUGAGGACGACCUGCUGGUGGCGGAGGAGGUGUACACACGCCUCUGUUUCCACUUCCCUGACUACAGGACUCGGCGCCUGUGUUUCCCUGUCUCUGGAGCGCCCUCUAUGAAGGAGAUUGACAACUUCCUAUCAGAGAUGAAGCUAAAUGUCAGACUUUGCGACCGGUCCCCCGACCUCCCGGCGGUGCUGUUCGUGUGUGACAACGGCAAAGAACGGUCGACUCUGGGGAUGGUGCUGACGUCGCUGUUAUACUCGCAUCUUUCCGCAUCCAACGCACAGACCAGUAAGACCGUCUGCCAGAUAAACGACAGAUGUCCCCAUUACGGCCGUGGCGAGUUCCAGGUUGUGCGGGACCUGGUGCGUGCUCUUCCCGACGGAGCCCUGCUGAAACACCAGGUGGACACCGUGAUUGACCAGUGCUCCGCUGCCACCAACCUGAGAAGCGCCAUCCUGCAAACCAAGCAGCAGCUGGAGACGAGCAGAGACCAGGUGGCGAGAGCAGAGUUGAGGAGCGAGUGCACAUCCCUCCUGGAGCGAUACAUCACCAUCAUCUGCUUCAACGCAUACCUCAAAGAACAGGUUCCCAGAGGUCUCAGCAUUAUGUUCUCCAAGUGGAUGCAAACUCACCCAAAUCUCAUCAAACUCACGUGCCGUGCAGACAACAGCGAGAGGUCCCCACAACAGUUGCUCAUACCACAAACCCGAGUUUUAGUAGCCGACGACUACAUUGGUCUGGACGUGCUGGGGUCGCAAUGUGACGUCCGGGUCGCCAACUUCCGCAAGUUGAUGGGGCUCCCGAUCUACGGCAUGGCGCAGGCUCCGCGGGACGGUUUGUCUCGGGUUGUCAGUCAUCUGCUGGACAAGCGCCAGGGAUACAAGCAUGUGGCGGUCAUAGGUCUCAGGAAUGACGUCACAGUAGAGUGUGAUGGCGCCACCUAUAACGUGCGUGACGUCAGCAAUCUGGAAGAACCAGUCUUGAUUGUGGAGACAACUGCAAGUGAAUUAGAGGAAAAAGAGGAAACUCUGAAGAAAGAAGUGAAGUCCUAUAAGGAACUGGAGGUGUACACGGAGACCAACAGACCGCCCGUUACCAUGGAGUUUGGCAGCGUCCUGUCACCGGAGGAUCUGUGGGAACAGCAAAAGCUUCAAACACUUGAUAUGAGCUAUACCAGACUACCUAUACAAUACGACCACUCGCCCACAGAGAAGGAGCUGGACCUGAUCCAGUCCGCGGUGUGCAGCCACUACACCUCCCAGCACUCGUGGAGUGAGGACACCGUGGGCCUGGUCUUCACGUGCAGGACGGGGAAGAGCAGGACAUCCCUCGCGAUGGCUGUGGCCGGCCUCAUCUUCUACCACAAGCGGGGCAUCCCCUAUGGCUCGAAACCAGGAGAAGAGGAGCGUGUGUCCUGCCCCAACGCCGCCUACACACAGGGAGACUUCAUUAUCGUCCAGAAGUUAGUGCGGGUGUUACCGGACGGUCAGCAGGUGAAGCGCGAGGUGGACCUGGUGCUGGACCAGGUGUUCGAGACAAUGAGUCCCAUGCACUUCCAUCUCAGGGAGGUCAUCUUCGUCACCUACAACAAGAUCAAGAGUGCCCGGACGGAGAGCCAGAGGCAGAGUAUGCAGCGGCUCAGCGUGGACCACCUGGAGAGAUACCUGUUGCUGAUUCUCUACAACGCCUACCUCCAUCACCAGGAGGGCUCAAACUGGGAGACCACCUUCAGUCAGUGGAUGUAUGAGGUGGCAGCACGAGUGGGCGUGUACGAGCUGUUGGACAACUUGGCCUUCUACGACUUUGAGCAGACGCUGUCUCAGUUCCGGACCCGGCGGGAGAGAUGGAGGGCGCGGCGACAGAACCUCCACUUCCAUGGGCACUUCAUCUGAUGCUUGUUGUAGAUCCAUGUACGUCUUACGAUGCUCCGUUGUGCUUGGCCAACAUAUAUGACAGAAUCCUUAGUCACACUUAUGGAAGAUAUGCCAAAUGACUUAUUCCGAGACAUUUUGAGGGUGAACUAUUUGCCGCCCUCACCUCAACGAGCCUGAUGUCGAGAGGAACAGGACGUGUGCAACAUUCUGGAUGUAUGCAGCUUCCAGCGGCCUUCCUGUAUGACCUGCUUGGCCUUCUCAGUGCUGGCGACUGAUGCCCCUCUGUCACAACUCCUUCAAGUCCUGUAAUUUAUGACCUAUCCAUGUUGUGUGUUGAGAAAUAUAUAAUUUUCAUACACUGCGUGAGUUUGUAUCUAUGUUUAUGUUGUGACGCGAUGACACAAGCUGAGAAA